GAAUUCGGAAGUGGUGGGACCCCUGCUUGACUCUGGCAUGCCAAGGGUUAAUCCAAGAUGGCUGGGUUUACGGGUUCAUGCUUUCUAUGUUUUAAAAUGAAGGUGUCACGUAUCGCAUGGUUAUUAUGUAAAAGAACCGAGGUGAGGAGGCAUACAGUAUGUAGAACAUUCAUCAGUGGAUCCACCACCCUACAACAACAGCUAUCAAGCGCGAGGGGUAGUAUUUGUAGGUAUUCAACUGAAUCUUCAAUCAAUGGUUGUACGGCCCUGUUGUACAGAAACCACGGCGACCCGUCUCAAGUUGUUCAGUUGGAGAGCAUGGAGCUUCCCUCUGUUGGUGCUAAGAGUGUCCUUGUAAAAUUGUUGGCAGCCCCCAUCAACCCUUCUGACAUAAACAUGAUCCAAGGUUCCUAUGCCAUCCUACCUGACCUUCCAGCAGUAGGAGGAAACGAGGGGGUGGGCCAGAUCCUGGAAGUGGGCAGCCAGGUGAAAGCACUCAGACCAGGGGACUGGGUGAUCCCAAGAGAUGCUGGAUUAGGGACGUGGAGGACAGCAGCGGUUUUAGCUGAAAACGAUGUGAUCUCUCUGCCCAAUGACAUCCCCCUGUUCUCUGCAGCCACACUGGGCGUUAACCCCUGCACUGCCUUUAGGAUGCUCUCUGACUUUGAGGAGCUGAAACCAGGUGACACAGUGAUCCAGAAUGCAGCCAACAGUGGUGUGGGUCAGGCUGUCAUACAGAUCGCUGCUGCAAGGGGGAUCCAAACCAUCAACGUGGUCAGAGACCGGCCAGACCUCACACAGCUUAUUGACAGGCUGAAGGCUAUGGGCGCCAGUCAUGUGAUCAAAGAGGAGACCCUGAGGCGGCAUGAAAUGAAGGAACUUUUCAAGACCUGUCGAAGGCCUAAGCUGGCACUGAACGGAGUUGGGGGAAAGAGUGCAACAGAACUUCUCCGUCACUUACAAGUUGGAGGGUCGAUGGUGACGUAUGGAGGGAUGGCCAAGCAGCCAGUCACUGUUCCUGUGAGUGCCCUGAUUUUCAAAAAUGUGACAGUCAAAGGGUUCUGGGUCACCCAGUGGAAGAGAACCCACUCUCAGGAUGAGGGGGCCUUACGGGGAAUGCUGGAUGAGCUCUGCUCUCUGAUCCGCCAGGGAAAGCUGACCGCACCUGCCUGUUCUGAGGUAGGCCUCCAAGACUUCCGGAAAGCACUGGACACUGCCAUGCAGCCGUUCACCUCAGCCAAACAGGUCCUGGUCUUGUGACCCCUCUUUUGACCAGCCCCAGCCUUUCUCAGGGUCAUGUUCAUUAGGUACCAAAUGGAAGAAAACGGACAGAAACAGGAAGGAACUACCUGGACUUGUCCAAUAAGAAACAUUGUUUUGCACUGGGUGCCCAAUUGAACACGACCCUGCAUACAAAACGAAGUCCCGGGCACGUUCAACGGGUGCAGCCCCAAGACUGCUGCUUCAUCAUUGUCGGAAAUGCGUUGCUCAAGCACACGUUCAAUAAAUGUGUAUUUUCCGUAGUGUC